AUGAAGCCGAGUCUGCGAUUUUUCUUAGCUGGUUUUCUGUCUUUGAUACUGCAGACGGGGCUUUGCUAUGGGAUAAAAUGGAUAGCUCUGUCCAAGACUCCUUCAGCUUUGGCCCUGAAUCAAACCCAGCACUGCAAGCAGCUCGAAGGCUUGGUGGUUUCCCAGGUACAGCUGUGCCGCAGCAACCUGGAGCUGAUGCAGACCAUCAUCCAGGCGGCACGGGAAGUGAUAAAGACCUGCCGUAAAACUUUCUCAGACAUGCGGUGGAACUGCUCUUCCAUUGAGCUGGCUCCUAACUACCUGCUGGACUUAGAGAGAGGCACAAGAGAGUCAGCAUUUGUGUAUGCCCUUUCUGCUGCUGCCAUCAGCCACACCAUUGCCAGAGCCUGCACCACCGGGGACCUCCCUGGCUGUUCCUGUGGUCCCAUCCCAGGUGAGACACCUGGACCUGGGUAUCGAUGGGGAGGAUGUGCAGACAACCUCAACUAUGGUCUUAUCAUGGGGUCCAAAUUUUCAGAUGCUCCCAUGAAGAUGAAAAAAUCAGGAUCACAAGCCAAUAAACUGAUGCAUCUGCACAACAGUGAAGUAGGGAGACAGGUCUUGAAAGCCUCUCUUGAAAUGAAAUGUAAGUGCCAUGGAGUUUCUGGGUCAUGCUCUAUCAAGACCUGUUGGAAAGGCCUUCAAGAGCUGCGAGACAUUGCAUUGGACCUCAAAAACAAGUAUUUAUCGGCCACCAAGGUUGUUCACCGGCCCAUGGGCACACGCAAAUACCUCGUGCCAAAGGAUAUUGAUAUCAGGCCGGUUAAAGAGACAGAGCUGAUUUACCUGCAGAGCUCGCCCGAUUUCUGCAUGAAGAACGAAAAAGUGGGGUCGCACGGGACCCAGGACAGGCAAUGCAACAAGACCUCCAACGGGAGCGACAGCUGCGACUUGAUGUGCUGCGGCCGAGGCUACAACCCCUACAUGGACAAAGUGGUGGAGCGAUGCCACUGCAAGUACCACUGGUGCUGCUACGUGACCUGUAAAAAGUGUGAGAGGACUGUCGAGAGAUAUGUGUGCAAAUGA